AUGGCAGAGGAUGAAGCUGAAAAGGCAUUUUUCCAAGCGCAGGUCCUGAAUGCGGAGACUGCGGGCUAUGAUGUGGCUGGGGAUCGGGAUGCAGAUAGUUCAGAUUCAGACGAUUAUGAUCCUUCAAAAGCAGUGCAUGAUCAUUAUUCUGCACAGUUACCACCAGAUUCAAAACAGAGUGCUGUUUCAAAUACUUCUUCUUCUUCUUCAGCUUCUAUCCAGCGGAGGUCCAUGUCCCAAGAUUUCUCUGAAGCCGUGCAUAAUAGUCAUACUUUCCCUCCUUCCCAUAUUACUUCUAGGUCUGAACCCAGAGACUCUGCCUCUCUCCCCACUCCCAGCACCGCCAUUCCUGUACAAGCCCCCUCCCAGUCCAUGGGUAACUUUGUUGAGGAGGAUAGCGAUGAUGAUAGAGGGGAAUAUGAGCCUCCCGCGGCAUUAAGUCAUGUUGAUGAUGAUCAUCAUAAUGUGGCGUCUAAUUCUGCUGGUAUUCGUCAGCAAUCCCUUUCUCUCAAAGCCAAUGAAAAUGUUUCUCAAUAUCGUGUAUCGCAACAACAGCAGUUUGUUCAAGACAAAAACACUCCUCAAGAUGUUCCUCUCAAUAGCUCAUCCCACACUCCUUCUUAUGGUGGUAUUUCGGCGCAAAGUGAUGGCGCCUCCAACUAUAUGCAGAACAAUUCAAAACUACAACGCCCGACGACGAUGACGCCAAUGGGGGAUGGUCCGUCCCAACCCGGCAGCAGGUCGAUUUCUUCCACGCCUACAACACCUGUGGUUUCUCGAGGCCGCCUUCCACAUGAUCGAGUGGGCAUACUAGAGGAUAGAAUCAUCGCAGAUCCCCGCGGGGACACAGAUGCAUGGUUGGAUUUGAUUAAUGAACACCGCAGUCGAAAUAAGCUCGACAGUGCUCGGGAGGUCUACGAACGAUUUUUCAAGGUUUUCCCAUCAGCUGCUGAACAGUGGGUGUUCUAUGCGAACAUGGAGUCGGAAAAUAACGAGCUAUAUCGAUUAGAGCAGAUUUUCAACAAGAGUCUCUUGUCCAUACCUAAUGUCCAACUGUGGUCCGUAUAUCUCGAUUAUGUUCGUCGCCGUAAUAAUUUAACCACAGAUACAACCGGCCAAGCCCGAGGUAUCAUCUCAUCUGCCUACGACUUUGCGCUGCAAAAUAUCGGAGUUGAUAAAGACUCCGCAAAUGUAUGGGUUGAUUACAUUCAAUUUAUUCGAUCUGGACCUGGAAACAUUGGAGGUUCGGGCUGGCAAGAUCAGCAGAAAAUGGAUCUUUUGCGAAAAGCUUACCAGAGAGCCAUAUGUGUUCCUAUGCAGGCUGUCAAUACGCUUUGGAAAGAAUAUGAUCAGUUUGAAAUGGGCUUGAAUAAGUUGACGGGUCGAAAAUUUAUACAAGAAAAAUCUCCUGCCUACAUGACUGCACGAAGCUCGUAUACAGAGUUGCAAAACAUCACAAGAGAUCUCGUUCGUGCUUCGUUGCCUCGAUUGCCCCCUGCUCCUGGAUGUGAUGGCGAGGAGUACUUCAAUAAGCAAGUGCAGUUAUGGAAGCGCUGGAUCAGAUGGGAAAAAGAUGACCCUUUGGUGUUGAAGGGUGAAGAUGCGGGAGCUGGUUACAAGGCUCGAGUGUUAUACGUUUACCGGCAGUCGCUGAUGGCACUGAGAUUCUUGCCAGAGAUUUGGUUUGAUGCUGCAGAUUUCUGUUUUCAAAAUGGAAUGGAGGCUGAAGGCAACGACUUUUUAAAGCAGGGAAUAGAUGCAAAUCCAGAGAGCUGUUUACUUGCAUUUAAACUUGCCGAUCGACUUGAAAUUUCUACGGAAUCUGAGCAGGACUCCAGAAAGCGCGGUGCAAAAGUCAGAGAGCCUUAUGACCAAUUGCUCGAUGCGCUUUAUGAUUUAAUUUCUAAAGGUAAGGCGCAGGAGGCCAAGGAUAUAGCUCUCGUCGAGGAGAACUUUGCUUCUUCUCAGGCGGACGAUUCCCACCAGCAGCAGGUCAUGGUUCGUAGUAAUGAAGAUGAUGAGGAUUAUGGAGACGAGGCUACGAAGGCUCGAGAGGCUGCUAAAAUUAGCCAGAUCGAGGCUGUGAAAAAGUGUUAUGCAGAGGAUAUUGGGCAGCUGUCGAAAGCCAUAUCGUUUGCCUGGAUUGCGCUGAUGCGGUGUAUGCGUCGCAUUCAAGGGAAAGGCAAACCGGGAGAAAUGGCAGGCUCACGGCAGAUUUUUGCCGAUGCUCGGAAACGCGGGCGUAUCACUAGCGAUGUCUAUAUUGCGAGUGCCUUGUUGGAACACUAUUGUUAUAAGGAUCCUGCAGCGACCAAGAUUUUCGAACGAGGCGCAAAGCUGUUCCCUGAAGAUGAGAAUUUUACUCUGGAAUAUCUCAAACACCUGAUCGACAUCAACGACAUUACCAAUGCGAGAGCCGUCUUCGAAACUUCCGUCCGAAAACUAGCAGCAAAUCCAACUAAUAUUCCCAAAGCCAAACCAAUCUUCGCCUUCAUGCACGAACAUGAAUCCAGAUACGGAGACAUGGUCCAAAUCCUAAACCUCGAAACCAGAAUGCGUGAGCUGUUCCCCGAAGAUCCCUCCCUCAAACAGUUCCCCCACCGCUUCUCAACCCCAUCCUUCGAACCCACCGCCUUCCAACCAAUCCUCUCCCCUUCCCAAACGAAACCCAAGCAAUCGUCUGCCUCAAUGGAAGAGAUGGGACUCUCCUCCCGCCAAGACCAGGACUCCCCCUCUGCCCGCUACACGGGGACAGCUGGUGCUUCAACUGCUGCUGCGGGUCCAUUAUCAAAUUCGCCCAAACGUGCAUUCCCCCUAGAUGAAUUCGACGACGAGCGACCGCGCAAAUUCGUCAGGGCUGAGUCACCACUUAAGGGUGCUGCGGGCCGACGGUUGAAUCAGCAGAAGCAGCAGAUUCAGCAGCAGCAGGCUGUGAAUGGCAGUGGUGGUGGUGGUGGUCACGGGGGCCACGGGGGCUAUGCUGGCGGCGGCGGAGGGCGCGACGGUAGUGAUGGUGGUGCUGGUGGAGGCGGGCAAGCGAACAAGCCACCAAUCCCAGUCCCGCUGCCGAGGGAAAUUAUGUUCCUGCUUAGCAUUAUACCGAAUGCAUCGACGUAUGAUGCUACCAAGUUUUCGCCGGAGAAGAUGGUUGCGUUGUUGCGGCAGUUGGAUAUUCCGUCGUCUGUGGGUCAGUUGAGACCGCCUGCGCCAUCGGGUGGGCAGGGGAGUGCAGGGGUGAAUCGGGGGCAGUAUAUGGGUAAGUGA